AAAUACGCGUACGAUACUUGUUUGCAAUAAUGCUAUGCAUUGCGAACAUGAUCAUUUACGGUCUGAAGGUGAAUAUCGCGACGGCUAUCAUUGGUAUGGUAAAAAAACCUGGUGUACCGGAUUGGUCGGACGAAUGUCCAGAAUUCGAUGUUCCUGAGGAAGCCGACAUCGAUGGUCCAUUCGAAUGGACGGCGAGCGAACAAGGUCUCGUCAUUAGCAUAUAUUUUGCUGGAUAUCUCGUUGGUAUGUUUCCAGCGGGAUAUUUGGCGGAUCGGUUCGACACGAAAUUAGUAUUGUUAAUCUGCGUGCUGGCGAAUGGAAUCUUAACGAUAUUGGUACCGAUUUCGGCCAACGAGUUAUAUGUGCUGUACUUCGUGAGAUUUUUGACCGGUCUUAUGAGCGCAGCGAAUCUUCCUAUAGUAAACGUUCUUCUGGGAACAUGGGUCGUAUACGAGGAGAAAACCAUGUGGGUCGGCAUUAUAUACGCCGGAACAUCGCUCGGCACGGUGAUAUCUAUUCUUACCUCGGGAAUGAUAUUAAAUUACGUGGGCUGGGAAGCUAUCUUUUACAUCCACGGAACGCUACCGUUGAUCUGGUGCGUCAUCUUUUACAUAUUUUUCGCCGAUUGUCCGGAAGAGCAAAAAUAUAUAACGGAACAGGAAAGAUCGCUCAUCGUGAGCUCAUAUGGCCAUCGUCCGCCUGGCUCUUCAAAGAUGAAGGUCCCAUGGAAAAGUAUAUUUACAUCGGUACCAUUUUUGGCUUUGCUCGCUACAAAUACCUUGGGCAACUUUGUUUGGUAUUUCCUACUCACCCAAUUGCCGCUUUACAUGAACAAGAUAUUAAGAUACGAUAUUACAACGAAUGCUAGUAUUGUUUGCACGCCGUAUCUUCUGCACGCCUUUAUGAAUCCAGCACUUGGAAGAAUUCUAGAUUGGGGACGAGAAAAAGGUUUAUGGUCGCAAACAAUGGCACGUAAAACUGCGGUAUUUAUAAGCACAGUACCACCUAGCAUACUUCUCAUUAUAAUCGCAUAUAUUGGUUGCGACCGUGUAGCAUCGACUGUAUUACUAACCCUCAGUCUAGUGAUCUGUGGUGCUAUAUUUGUUGGUCAUCUUUGUAAUCAGAAUGAUCUAGCCCCGAAUUAUGCAGGAAUUCUCAUGGGCAUUACGAAUACACCGGGCACUAUUUCUGCUUUUAUUCUACCACCGAUAGUUGGUGCUCUUGUAGCAGAAGGACACACUAUGGCACGUUGGAGGGUUGCAUUCUGGAUUACUGUUGUCUGCCAAAUUUCUGCUUUCAUAAUAUUUGCCAUUUUUGGAUCAGCCAAAAUUCAAGAGUGGAAUUAUCCGAUGCCGGACGAAAACUGGGAUGUCGACGAAGCACAACAACCACAAGAACAAGAAACGAAGACUUAAAUUGAGACUAUCCCUAUACAAUCUUUAUUUUAAAAAAAUCAAGAGAAAUAUAUUUUUCUACAAAAAUUUAUUUUACUUGCUAGGCAAAAUAUAUAAUUUAGAUAAAUUGCAUAAUUAAUUUAUCAUAAAAUCUCACAUAUUAAGAAGUUCAUAAUUUCUAUGUAACAUUCCUUAUAUUUAUAAAUUAAUUCUUUUU